AUGUGUCUGUCCAGUUUGUUGCCCAUCCAGGCCCUUUGCGCGACCCUGUCUCUCGCCGCACAGCACUUCCCGUCCUGGGGUCACUACGACCUGUGUAAGACUCGGCUUUACUGGGACCAGGCGAUGAGUUGGGACUACAUGGCCUGCCAGCCUGAGGCCUCCCUGCUCACCAGGUUCCUGAAGAUCAGGUUGGAUCCCCCCGACAGCACGUGUGGAGAGAGCCCUGAGAUGUACUGCACGCUGGAGAAUCCGUACAUGUGCAACAACGAGUGUGAUGCUCGCACACCCGAGCUCGCACACCCGCCUGAGCUGAUGCUGGAUGACGAGGGGCGAAUUCCCAACACCUUUUGGCAAAGCGUCUCCUGGAAGAGUUUCCCCGAGCCCCUCCUGGUCAACAUCACUCUGUCCUGGGGCAAGAGCAUUGAGCUGACUGAGGACAUCGUCAUCACCUUCGAGUCAGGCCGGCCGGAACAGAUGGUCCUGGAGAAAUCUCUGGACCAUGGCCGGACAUGGCAGCCCUACCAGUUCUACGCAGCCGACUGCCUCAACUCCUUUGGGAUGGAAGCGAGAAAGGCCGGGGAUCUGAGGCCGGCCUCUGUGCUGGACAUCAUCUGUACGGAGGAGUACUCCAGGGGAUACGUGUGGAAGGUGGACAAGAUGGUCCGCUUUGAGAUCCAGGAGCGUUUAUCCCUAUUCGGGGGGCCCCGUCUCGGUGACAUGGCCUCGCUGUACGGCCAGCUGGACACCACCAAGGAACUGAGGGACUUCUUCACCCUGACCGACCUGCGGCUCAGGCUGCUCCGGCCGGCCACCGGGCCCACCAGUGUUGACCCACUCAACCUCUCCAAGUACUUCUAUGCCAUCUCCAACCUGGACAUCCGCGGCCGGUGCAAGUGCAAUCUUCACGCCAACAACUGUGUCCUGAAGAAAGGGAAGCUGAGCUGUGAGUGUGAGCACAACACGACAGGGCCGGACUGCGGGGGGUGUAAGAGAGGUUUCCAAGGCCGGCGGUGGAGAGCGGGCUCGUACCUCCCAAUCCCCAAAGGGACGGCCAAUGUCUGCCUCCCUGACACCAUCACCAAUGGAUUGGGCAUGUGCGAUAAUUUGCUGACCCGCUGUGAGAAUGGAGGAGUGUGUGAGGAUAAUGGGAGGUGCCUCUGUCCCACUCCCUACACUGGGCUCCUGUGUGAGAAAGUCCAGUGCGCGAAGGAAGUGGGAGGAUGUGUCUCCCAAUCCCCCCGGGACCCCACCUUACACCGGGUGUUGCUGUCACUGACCGCGCUGCUCACCGCUGCUAACGGCCGCCCACCGCUCUGA